AUGGCUCCAAAGAUGCAACAAACUAAGGCCGCUAAGGCGGCCGCCGCUUUAGCCGGUGGUAAAAAGGGUAAGAAGAAGUGGAACAAGGGUAAGGUUAAGGACAAGGCUCAACAUGUUGUUGUCUUAGAUCAAGAUAAGUAUGACAGAAUCAUGAAGGAUGUCCCAACCUACAAAUACGUUUCUGUUUCAGUCUUGGUUGAUAGAUUAAAGAUCGGUGGUUCUCUCGCCAGAAUCGCUUUAAGACAGUUAGAAGCAGAUGGUAUCAUCACUCCUGUCUCAAAGCAUUCUAAGCAAGUUAUUUACACUCGUGCUCAUUAA